AUGAAGUCCCUCGUCACCGUCGCCAUGGCCGCGGCAGCCGUCGCGCCCGGCACACACGCCCUCCGCAUCCUCCAGGCGUCCGAGGAGAGCUGGGCCGACCUCACGGUGCGCAACCUCCACGCGAAGCUCACGGCGGCCAACCACAGCGCCGUGCUCGUCGGCCCUACCAAGCACUGCACCAGAAGCGGGCGCACCGACCGGGACCCGGAGCCGCUCAUGGAGGCGUGCCAGUUCUCGUCGUGCCCCGCGGGCGCCAACGCCACCUCGGGACGCAACGAGACGGACCCGACGCUGCAGUGGCUCAACGCCCACCCCAAGACGUGCAUGCGCGUCGGCCUCGAGUCCAUGGGGCCCAUGACGCCCGGGUGGGACGGGCGGGAGGCGCAGUUCGCCGUCGCGGGGCCCAGCGGCGCCAUGUCCAGGACCGUCAACGCGAUGCCCCUUGCACUCUUCGCCAAGUGGACCGCCACGGCGAGGGCGGCGGCCUGGGCCGCGUUCACGGGCGUGCCGGCCAUUGCCUUCGCCUCGGCCCAGGACGGCCAGUCGUUUGCCUGGAACGAUACCAGCGCGCCCGCGUACACGCGCAUCUACCCGGAGCUGGCGGCGCGGCUGGUCGAGGAGAUCGUCGCCGCGGGCCCGCCGUACCUCCCCGAGGGCGUCUUCCUCAACGUCAACUUCCCGCCCCUGACGGACAAGUGCGACCACCCGGACAAGUUCAAGUGGGUGAUGACGCAUCGCCCCUCGGGUUGGAACUUCUGGGGCCCCCGUGUCGUGAACUGCGGCAAGAAGACGAGGCUGCCCGACGACGGCAUCGGCAUCCGCCGGCCCGAAAAGUGCUACAUCUCCGUCACCGCCGUCGACUCCUGGUACAUGGAGACUCACCCCGCUCCGCUGGUGCACUACAACCUGUUGAAGAAGCUCGAACACCUCUGGUACUGCACACCGACUGCGAACUUGACAUGUGUCAUCGGCUGUUGA